ACAUGCCUUUCAAGAACUGUAAUCGCAUAAUCAAGCUACCAAUGUAUGUGUUGGUGGUAAUUCUAGUGGUUUUAAAUCCAGCAGUUGCCUACUCCGAGAGGAGAAUAGAACGGCAGAUAGACGAUGGUACUGACGUUGCUGGGAAGGUACAUGGAGAAAUUGCUAGAGAUUGUCAACCGAAGGCACCUUUUAAUAUUGCUCAAAAGGCAGCAGCGGAGGCAAAAGCUGCCCAUGCCGCCCAAGACGCGGCUGGCGCACAGGCCGCCCAUAUGGUAAAAUCGCAACUAGCCGAGAAAGCACUUCAAGCUGCGAAAGCAGCAGAUGCAGCACUAGCCGGCAAGCAGGCGCUGGUGGAACAGCUUCAGCAGCAGGUGGUGGAAGCCGAGGCGGUAGUAGCUCAGAACGCGAGAGCUAUACAGAAGCAGGAGCUAGCUGUUAAUGCAGCAAACCAAGCUCAUGACCAGGCAACUGCUCAGUACAAACUCUUGAGCCAAGCAGUCCAAUUAGCUUCUCAAGUAGAAAAAUCUACCAUGUGCGUGCUGGAUAAGACUAAAGCAGCGUUGGAGGAGAAGGUUCAUCAUUUGUCUGACGCGAGGAGUAGACUAGGCCAGCUGCAGCAUAAACUGCAAUGUGCUCGCGAAGACUGUGCAGCUACUAAGCAAGCGGCGUUAGCUGCAGCCGAAGCAGCGAGAGCAGCUUGUGGGAAUGCUAGAAAGAAGAAACAUGUUAGGAGACAUCUAGUAUCGAGAGAGAAACAUGGUCGAUGAGUAGUGGUAAGAGAAUUUGGUAUAAGUGAAGAAUGACUUUCAAUAACACGAAAGAAAGUCAGAUCAGCUUCAGCACCAAUUGAUAUUUUUGAUCUCAAAUAGGAUGGAUUGGAUUUGAAUUAUCACCAAAUAUCAAAUUAAUGUUGAUAGAACGCU